AUAAAUACCAAUCGAUUAAGGAGAUUAUUUUAAAUUAUCCCAAAUAAUAACAAUAUGGCAUUAAUUAAUGAAAAAUUGUACAAGGAUCACUAAAAAUAUUCCCCAGUCAUCGCCAUUUAUGGCUAUGGCAACGUCGACUUUUAUACCGUAUAAUCAAGGCGUAUAAUAUAUUAUGCCGUAUAUUUUUCUGAUGACACCUUGAUCACACUGUAUCUAGUUGCUAUGGUAAUUUUUAAGUUUACAUACAUACACAUUUUUUAAUUUACCCAAGAAGAAAAAACCUUGCGAUGUCAGAUUUAUCCGUAUACGGAAUUUAUUUUAACGAAAUAGAUAAAAUAUGUAUAUUAGAACCUGAAGCACAUAAACAAACCAGCGAUUUGAAGGAACAAUGUAAUAUUUAUAUUGAAAAAAUUGACGAAUUUGAGAAUAUCGCCAAAAGAAUUAUAGUAAUGGUUGAAGAGUUAAGUACAAAAAUUGAGUCUCAGAAAAUUCAAGCUAUUGGUGCAAGAAAUAUGCUUCAGGGAAUGGAGAAACUUAAAGAAAAUAAUCAGCAGCAACUUCAGGCUGUAAUUAAUGAAUUUUCAAUAGAAUUGGAAAGAUUAAAAAUUCAGCUUCAUUCCCUUCAAAAAAUUGAGAUGGAACAAAAUGAAAUAAUAACACAACUCACGAGAUAUUAAAAACUUACUCAAUACUUUUAUUUUAAGUGUACAACAAAUAAUACAAUGAUAAAUUAAACUAACCAGAAAUUAUUUCUAUACAAAAACCGCAACUCCUACAACUUAAUAUUAAAAAAAAUAGGUAUAGAAUGUCGCCAUAAUUCAUGUUUAUAUUGGUACUUGAUUUUACAAGCAUAAAAAAAUAAUAUAAAUUAAGUGCCAUUAUAGGAAUAUAAUUAUUCUGUGCAUUGGAAUAUAAUAUUUUAUAAAAUCAUAUACUGGGUGAAAAGAAAUGUUGUACAACUGGCAAAUUGUUCAGUGAUAAACUGUUAUGACUUAUGAUGAGAAUAAUCAGAUGUCCAAACGAUUUUGUAAUCACCCAGUAUAUCAUAUAAAGUAAUAUACAUGAUAAAUGUAUAUUUAAAACCAGUUACUAAAAUGCGGUUACAGUUUUGUGUCAUACUGAAAAUGUAGUAUUUUUAAAUAAGAAUCUUUAAACAUAUGUUUACCAUAUUAUGGUACUCAGCAUAAAUACGUUAUAUUUUGCUUGAUGUUUAUUGAAUAAAUCCCGAACUUAUUAAAUUGAAA